GCCUCCAAAUUCUACUCUCAUCUCCACCGUUGUGUUCUGCAACCUCCAACUUAAUCUCUUUCGUUCGGGACAAAACUGAAAAGAAACGAAGCAUCUCUGAAGUGAAGAAUUAGAGAGAAGAGAGUGUGAAUCGAAGAAGCGGAUGCCGGCAUCAUAACGAAGGAUGGAAUCGUAAGAGACAGUGAUAAAAUAGAAUUGAAUUUGCGAUGGCGGGGUCAUCGAUAAUGGAGAACCUGUUCCAGAGGACACUGGAGGACCUCAUAAAAGGGAUGAGGCUCCAGCUGAUCGGCGAAUCCGCCUUUAUAUCGAAGGCGGUUGAGGAGAUCCGCCGCGAGAUCAAGUCCACUGAUCCCCACACGAAGUCCACCGCCCUCCACAAGCUCUGCUACCUCUCCGCCAUCCACGGCCUCGACAUCUCCUGGGCCGCCUUCCACGCCGUCGAGCUCAUGUCCUCCUCCCGCUUCUCCCACAAGUCCGUCGGUUACCAUGCCGCCGCCCUCUCCUUCCACGACGCCACCCCCGUCCUCCUACUCACCACCAACCAGCUCCGCAAGGACCUCUCUUCCCCCAACCCCUUCGAGGCUUCUCUCGCCCUUCAAACCCUCUCUCGCAUCGCCACCGUCGAUCUCGCUAGGGAUUUGACCCCUGAGGUAUUCUCCCUUCUCUCCUCCGGUAGGGUUUUCGUUAGGAAGAAGGCGAUUGCCGUCGUUUUGAGGGUUUUCGAUAAGUAUCCUGACGCUGUUAGGGUUUGCUUCAAGCGUUUAGUUGAGAAUCUCGAGAGUUCUGAUCCUCAGAUUGUGAGUGCGGUUGUUGGGGUUUUCUGCGAGCUCGCUUCCAGGGAUCCGCGGUCGUAUCUUCCAUUGGCGCCCGAGUUUUACAGGGUUUUGGUUGAUUGUAAGAACAAUUGGGUUUUGAUCAAGGUGCUUAAGAUUUUCGCAAAGUUGGCUCCUCUGGAACCAAGGUUGGCCAAGAGGAUUGUUGAGCCGAUUUGCGAGAUUAUGAGGGCGACUGGGGCAAAAUCGGUGAUGUUUGAGUGUGUUAGGACCGUGCUCACUAGCUUGGGUGACCAUGAUUCUGGAGUUAAGCUGGCUGUUUCCAAGGUCAAGGAGUUACUGGUUGAUGAGGAUCCCAAUCUUAGGUAUCUUGGGCUCCAGGCACUUUCUGUUGCAUCCGAGAAGCACUUGUGGGCUGUCUUGGAGAAUAAGGAAUCUGUGAUCAAGUCCUUGAGUGAUGAGGAUUCCAAUAUUAGGGUCGAGUCUUUGCGCCUUGUGAUGGCCAUGGUCUCUGAGAGCAAUGUGACUGAGAUCUCCGGGGUCUUGGUCAAUUAUGCUCUGAAAUCUGAUCCGGAAUUCUGUAACGAGAUAUUGGGUUCUGUUUUGACGACUUGUUCUCGGAAUGUGUAUGAGAUUGUUGUUGACUUCGAUUGGUAUGUGUCUCUUCUUGGAGAAAUGGCAAGGAUUCCCAAUUGCCAAGAGAGCGAGGAAAUAGAGCGACAGCUUAUUGAUAUUGGUAUGAGAGUCAAGGAUGCUAGGCUGCAGCUUGUCCGUGUUGCUCGUGAUCUAUUGAUUGACCCUGCAUUGCUGGGUAAUGCGUGCUUGCAUAGGAUAUUAUGCGCUGCUGCCUGGGUUGCUGGGGAGUAUAUUGACUUCGCCGGCAAUCUGUUUGAGCUCAUCGAUGCACUUCUGCAACCUCGAACCAAUCUAUUGCCUCCAUCAAUAAGAGCAGUUUAUAUUCACUCUGCUCUUAAAGUUUUGGUAUUUUGCCUGGAUUGUUACCUAAUGCAGAAUGAAGAUGGUAAUUUGGUUGUGGGACAGUCUGAUCCGUUUAUUGGAAAAAGAUGCAGUGUGGCUCCUGAAUCAGCAACAUGUCAAAGCUCGAAUCUUGAACAGCAUGAAGAUUUGACUUCUAACCCAAGGAACACAACCGAGUCUCCUGAAGAUCUUUCAGUUUUUGAGAAUAAUGCUGAUACAGCUGUUACCCAGGGUCCUGCAAUUACACACGAAUAUAUGCUUGGCCUAUUGGAUCGAAUUGAAUUAGUCUUGGGCCCCCUAACAGCAAAUCAGGAUGUUGAAGUACUGGACAGAGCGUCUAACAUACUUGCCUUUGUUCGGUUGGUUAAAGCAGAACUAAUUGAUAAUGCAAGCCAGAAGGCGAACAGAGCGGACAAGAAAGAUACUCAAGUUUCGGCUAUCAUCACAUUGAUGCGUGAUGCAUUUGUUACAGACCUUGGUCCAGUCUCGGUAAGUGCGCAGGGAAGAGUUGCGGUACCAGAUGGCUUGGAUCUUAAAGAGAACCUUGACGACUUAUCAGCAAUAUGUGGUGAUAUAGAACUGCCUUCAUCAAGUUCAUUUGGCAUAGGAGGUCCUCAGUUCGGCAUUUCUUCUGACGCAACUUCAACUGGUCUUCUAAAGAAUGAAGAAUCAGGGCUAGUAAAUGAGUCUACAUCUUUGCUUGAACACCGGAAGCGACAUGGACUGUAUUACCUGCCUUCAGAGAAGAACGAGAUUUCUCAGUAUGAUUAUCCUCCUGCAAAUGAUCCAAGGUCAAACAGUAAUAGUGAUGAAGCUGCAGAGCUGGCCAAGCUGACAGAGCAAUCACUUGUUUUGAAGAAAAAACCGAACCAAACUAAGCCCAGACCUGUGGUGGUUAAAUUGGACGAUGGAGAUGUGGUGCCAUUGCCAAUCUCAAACAAGAGACCUGAGCCAAGGGAUGAUUCACUUUCUGGUGCUAUAAAAGAUAUUCUGCUAGGAAGUACAAUCAAGCCAAGUUCUUCUCAGAGUAAUCCUUCGGAUAAGUCAUCAAGCAAGCGCAAAGAGAAAAAGAAGCAAGUUGCAGCAGAUAUUCCCUCUCAAAUAAAGGAAAAUCUGGGUGAUGCAGAAGGUCUUGGCCUUGAGAAUCCGGGAUCCAGUAGCAAGGAUCAUGAUUAUGUUAAAGAAAGAAGACAAAGAGGUAAAGAGAAGAUUGUUGAAGGGGAAGGGCAUGAUCAGAAGGCAAGGAAGAAAAAGAGUAGUCACCGCCAUGGUAAGCAUAAAACUCGUCAAAAAGCCAAUUCACCAUUAAACGUGGUCUCACAAACACCCGAAAUUCCAGACUUUCUUUUGUAACAUUUAAGGAUUUUGAUUUUGAUUUUGAUUUAUUAUCCGCUGGUUUUAUUGAUUGAGGCUAUUUGCUGUAUUAUUUGUGCUGAGCCCUUAGGUUAGUUCUGUAGAUAGAUUCCUCUUUAAAUUUUAUCCUUUUGUCAUUGCACAUGAUUCCUUUAUACUAUUUUGCUUUUCUUUCCUUUUCUUUUUGGUUCUACCAACAUGUCACAGAAUGAGCCUAUUAACAAGUAGUUCUCAAGUUGGAUGUUGUUUGGGCUCUUCUGUUUCUCUUGAUACAUAAGGCUACGAGGGAAUUAUUAUCUUUGUUUUUCUUGUAAUUUGUAAAGAACGUGCAUGGUAUCAUUUUCUAGGAAACUAAUCUGACCUCAGUCUUCAAUUUAGUCCUUCUGUGAAGUUGGUUUUUUGGCCAUUUUGCAUCUCGAGCCUAGAAUUUUGUCAUAGUCGCAGGUUAGAGAAAUCAUGGGAGGUUUGUAUUAUUACACUGAAAUUAUUAUAAGAUGCAAUGGUGGUGUUUUCAUCCUUCA